AAUAUUAUUAUUCUUCAAUUAUCCCUGGACCCGUUUAGCAAUCAUGUUAACUCCCAUAAGAUCGAUCGUCUUUAACAAUAUCUCGUCAGUGGUUGAAUUAUUUAUUAAAAUUCACCCUGUAUAUUGCUAUUACUAUAUGAUAAAUUAGAAACUUAUUCACUGUUGGUAAAUUUAUGUUAUGAAAUUGUACGAAUCCCUCAGAUGGCGUGUUGUAUGUCAGCAACAAAAUUAAACUUGAUUUGGUGAACAUUAUAUGUCGAGCAUCUUGUGCUACUGGCAAAAUCUGAGAAUAUUGAAUUGGAGAGGUUAUGAUAGACAAAAGUAAUUCAUACGACGUAUUUUAUUCUUAGAACAACACUAAUUGUAGUGAGUAAGAAUAGAGACUUGAGAUUUUUUGAAGAAAUGAUUAGUAUCCACUAGAAUUGAAGUCAAUAAAAUAAAAUUAUGUUCGUUAAUCGAUAGAAUAAUAGUGGGUUUUCUAAUUCAUAUAAUAGAAGCUGAGAGAUUUUGAAAAAAAAAAAGAAAUAAUGGGAAAUCGUUACGCUCAUUUAUUUUGCAUUAUGCCAAACUGUUUUAUCCUAUUUGUUUUUUUCACGGGAGUGAAAAGCGCACCAAUGAAACCUAGCGUCAUAGAUAUCAUAAAGAAUGACACGAAGUUAUGUCCGACAUCCAAAAUUUUAUAUGAAUCAGAUUACAUAAAACCUUGUGCCUCCAUGGCAUAUCCUAAUAUUGCUUGGAACUAUAAACACCUAGACACCUUAAGUAAUUUUCUAUGUGUAGGAGUUUAUGAUACUGCAUAUAAGAUUUGUGAAUAUUCUAGUCGUUUACAAAUUUCUCUCAAUAGUACAGCAACAUUCGAUGCAUAUGUGGAGAAGUAUGUGGUGAAAUAUCCUAGUGAAGAUAAAAAUCAAAAAGAAUUUUGUAAUAAUCUACAAGGAUUUACAUCAGUAUAUAAGGAGACAAGUUUACUUUGGGGACCAUUGGUCAAAAAUCUUGGUAUACCUCAUAAAUGUAUGAAAAUAUGUUUUGAUUUUAAAGAUAAAUUUCAUCCACUAUGUGCAGUAUUUGCUUGGAUUAAAAGCAUUGACAAUAUUCAAAAAGCAAACAAAAUAGAAAAAUAUGAUUUGACAUCAUCUGAUAAACCAUCUAUGACUGAUCAAUCAAAGGAUGAAACAAUUAAAAUUAUAUCAAAUAAAUCUAAAACAGUACCACAAGCAAAAGAAUUUAAAGAUGAGGAUAGAGAGAGAAGUACAGAAAAUUCUAACAUUAAUAAGGUUAAAGAUAAUUCACAUAUACUUAACAAUGUACCAAUUCCAGAUGUAAAAUCUGGAGAAGUAAAAUCUGAUACUGAAAAACUAAAUAAUAUCCAGAAGAAAAAAAAUAUUACUGAAUCACAGGCUCAUAAAUCAGCAUCUUCAGUAUUAGAAGAAAAUAAAGAUAUUGGUGACAUUAAACUUGAAACUAAUCCUGUAAUUACAAACUCCACUAAAAAUUUCCCGGCAAGCAAUGAUUUAUUAUCUACAUCAAUAAAAAAUACUCUGGAUAAUAUAUCCCAUAAAAAAGUUGUAAAUGAAGAAAAUACAGAAAAAUUAAAUAAAGAACAAGAUAUUGAAGAUUUAAAAACUAGUACAUUAUCAGAAAAUACACAAGAUCAUUAUGAUGCUGAGAAUCCAGAGGAAGAUAUGGAAAAUAAUAUGGAUGAUGUAGAUGAUACAAAUCAACAUCCAGUAGAUAUAGGAAAUCAAAAUGGGAAUGUGCAAGAAACAUUUGAACAAAAGAAUAAUGCUAGGUUAUCGGAAUACUCUAAUAUAAGAACGGAAGAUGAUUCUCAUUUCUUUACAUAUUUGACUAUAAUCACUUUGGCAUGUCUUGCUGGAUAUGUAGGUUAUCAUAAUAAACAAAAGAUAUUUGCUAUUGUAUUAGAAGGUCGAAGAUCAAGAAGUAAUCGUAGUAGACGACGACCGAGUACAGCCAACUAUCGAAAACUGGACUGUACACUUGAAGAAGCCGUUACGUCUCAAUGUAAUGCUAAUGUUACUCAUGUCAUAUAUUAAUGCGAGUAGAGUAUCACAAAUUUUAUAAUCUCUGUAUUAUAUAACAAGUGUAAUAUAUUUUCUAUUUAAACACA